UGCACAGUAAAAGCAGGUGCAGGGGACUGAACGGCGCGCCCCUGGCGGGCGGGCGGGGGUACCGGCGGGUGACGUAGCGCCCCGUGUAAGCAGCGUCGCCGGGUUCGCGCUGUGGGUUGUGUGCAGUGCUGGUGGGUUGGAUCAACCGAAAAGGCAAGGACUGGUUUUGCUGGCUGGCUGGCAGGCAGCGGGACUGGAGUCCUCUUUGAUAAAGCUUUUCGCUGUUCGCAUCUUCUCUCUUCUGGACGAGGAGGGGAGAUCAGAAAAAAUCAAUAAAGAACGCACCAGGAGACGCGGGGUGUUUGCCGUACCGCUUUUUAAUUUCUUUAUAUUAUGAUUAUUUUUUAAAACGAGAGACCGCCGAACGUGGCUGAUAUACAAGGCUUUCGCGUUGAAGAUCCGUCGCUUGUUUUCCCCCUCCCUCUCUCGAAUGGGGCUAGACGUUUAUUGCAUUAUUUUGUAGUUUGGAUUAUUAUUAUUAUUAUUAUUAUUAUUAUUAUUAUUAUAGCUGGGCUCUUGUGCUAAAGGUUUGUCUUGCUUGCUUGUGUUAUUGCGUGUUUGUUUUUAAACAAUAACACUGUUGACCGAUUCUUUUGUUGUUUGUUUGUUUAUAUAUACAUAUUGACUGUGUGUUCUUGUUUUUUUUUUAAACUUUGCAGUUUUAAAUGUCCCUUUUGGAAAACCAAUUGCAUUGAGUCGCGCCUUGUGAAUAUACAUAUUUUCUAUUAUAUAUAUUUUGUGCAUCUGAAAAAGUCAAACCUCUAGGCGUGCGUUGAUUCAUUUUUGCAUUUCUUUUUUUUUUCUGGGGCAUAUUUUUUUUAAUAUAUAUACAGUAUUUUAUUUCUCUAAAUACUGUAAGUGCGAGGAGGAUACGAUUUUUUUUUUCUCCGAGUGGCGCCGAGUCUUGGCGGUGCUCCUGCGUGGUAUUCGUGGCCCGUUUUGUGUCGGCGAGAGAAAGGACGGAGAGUUGUGUUUUCAUUACUGUCGUCAGACAUGGAUGAUCAAGUCAGGAUGCUAGCGGCUCUCAGCGGCUUGGGAGCCCUCUCCCAGCCCGACGGAGUCGACGUGGACUCGGUUCGCAAACAGCAACAGCUCGGGCAGCCGCAGCAAGACAUCGGAGACAUCCUACAGCAGAUUAUGGCAAUCACCGAUGAGAGCUUGGACGAGGCGCAGGCGAGGAAACACGCGUUGAACUGUCACCGGAUGAAGCCAGCUCUCUUCAGCGUGCUCUGUGAAAUCAAGGAAAAGACAGUGUUGAGUAUUCGUGGGGUGCAGGAGGAGGACCCCCCCGAUCCUCAGAUCAUGAGGCUGGACAACAUGCUGCUGGCGGAGGGGGUGUCGGGGCCGGAGAAGGGGGGAGGAUCGGCGGCCGCAGCGGCAGCUGCAGCAGCAGCGGGUGGCUCACCCAACGACGGCAGCAUCGAGCACUCGGACUACCGGGCAAAGCUGGCACAGAUCCGGCAGAUCUACCACUCCGAGCUGGAGAAAUACGAGCAGGCGUGCAGCGAGUUCACUAACCACGUGAUGAACCUGCUGCGGGAGCAGAGCCGCACUCGGCCCAUCUCCCCCAAGGAGAUCGAGCGCAUGGUGGGCAUCAUUCACCGCAAGUUCAGCUCCAUCCAGAUGCAGCUCAAGCAGAGCACCUGUGAGGCAGUCAUGAUCCUGCGAUCGCGAUUCCUCGACGCCAGACGCAAGCGGCGCAAUUUCAACAAGCAGGCGACAGAAGUUCUGAAUGAGUAUUUCUACUCGCACCUCAGCAACCCCUACCCCAGCGAGGAAGCCAAAGAAGAACUGGCCAAGAAGUGUGCCAUCACAGUGUCGCAGGUUUCUAACUGGUUCGGCAACAAGAGAAUCCGCUACAAGAAGAACAUCGGUAAGUUCCAGGAGGAGGCUAACCUGUACGCCGUUAAAACGGCCGUGGACGCAGCCAGUGUGUCGGCCCAAGCGAGCCAGGCUAACUCACCCGCGACGCCAAAUUCAGGUUCUUCUGCCUCUCAUAACUUGAACUCCAACUCUGGGGACUUGUACUUGACCAUGCACGGCCUCAAUGGGGAUACCUAUCCCAGUUCUCAGGUGACAUCUAACCUGCAGACACAGGCGGAUACCCUGCACCGUGCUACACGCCAGACGGGAGGAUAUGAGGAGAUAGCGGGGAACCCCAUGUACCCCCCGCGACACAUAGAUUCUAACGGCAGCUGGCAGGACGUCACCACCCCUUCCUCUGUGACAUCGCCCCCUGGUGGCCCGGGGAGCGUCCACUCCGACACGUCUAACUGAGAGAUCGAAGAUAAAACUUACAAAAAAAAAAAGAAAAAAGCUGAAACAAACAAGAAAACAAACACUCGCCUUCACCAUGGACUGUUUGGACAUCUCUACACAUCCACACUCACCACAUGGGAAAAGAGACGGAGCGGAAGAGAGACAGAAUAAUACAACAGCAACAACAACACAUACUAAACACGUCUCGCGCUACGGACUGGCGUGUGGUGGAAGGAAAGAAAGCAGAGGCUCCGGGUCAGAGCUCGAAAUAACCGCAGAGCAGAAAGAUCACGCAGCUCUUUUUUAAAAUUUUUCUUACAGCAUCGUUCCCUUAAUUUCAGUAACAUUAACAGUUUUUGGCCGUAGGGUAUAAUGUCACGGAGGGAGAGGACUGUUGUGAAUUUUGUGUCUUGGAACUUUUUUAACAACGCAAACGGCAGCAUUUCAUUUAUUAUUAUUAUUAUUAUUAUUAUUAUUAUUAUUAUUAUUAUUAUUAUUAGUAUAUAUUUUUUUCAAAUCAAAUCCCUGUGGCGUAAACUCAAGCAACACAACGACCGCGUGAGGAGCGCCUGCUUCGAGCUCUGCCUCUCCUUCCCUGCCGCAGAUCAACAAAAAUACAAAAUAAAAUAGAAGAUUUUAAAAACCAGGGUUAAGAUCGCUUUUACAGCUGAUCCACUCCUAAACUACACCCCUCCCCCUCCUCCUACUAUUACUACCAAAUAGAUGUCGUCUUUUCUACAAAUUGUUUUGGUUGUUGCUAUACAGUUUGUUUUUGAAUUUGAUCUUGAACUAAAUUGCCUUUGAUUCUUGUGGUAUUGUUAUUAUCGUUUUAUUGCUGUUUCAUUUUUCAACCCCUUUCCCUGCUUUGCAGAUUUAGUUAUUUUUUUACAUUUUAUCUUCUAUUUUUUUCUUACUGCUGCUCUAUAAAGAUAUUGUGUGGGGUUUGUGCCUGCGAUCAAAACCAGGGUUCAGAUUCACAUAGCAUCAGUAGUGAUGGAUGUCUAUUAUUAUUAUUAUUAUUAUUAUUAUCUGGCUUUGAAAGAAUGUAGUGGCUCAAGUUUAAGCUUUUUUUUUUCUAUGAUACAAUAAAAAAAAUAAACUUACGUACAAACAAAUAUUGUGAAAUACAUUUGUUUUGUCCAAAAAAAAAAAAAAUGUUUUAAAUCGUUCUGUUUGAUAAGCUGCCGAAUAAAUACUAUGCAGCUUUUAUAUAACAAAUCCUUUAUUACUGACCUCAGUUAAAGGGGUUUAGAGUUUGGGAGGGGGGAGACACAGAGAGAGGCUUCCUUAUUUACACUUUGACAAACGGAAAGGUGUUCCUGAAUCACUGGAUGUCGAACCUGGCUUUGAACACUGAAGGAUUGCUAUUCUACGCGGUCCUGCUGCACCGAGGAAACUGGGGGGGACUUGAUCAAUAACCUUGCAGCUAGCUUCAAGGGUAACAGGACACCAUGCAACAAACACUUAGCCAAGCCCUCCCUCCCUCCCUCCCUCCCCUGCCAAACUGCAAAACCUCUGCUUGCUUGCAAAUAGUUUUCAAUAUGCUUUAAAACGAACUAACCCUGGGCGUUUUGAUUCGGAAGCACAAUCGUGUUUUGAGCAGCUUUUUUGUUUGUUUUUUCGUUUUGGUUUGCCCCCCUCCCCCAGGAACCCUAUUCUGUAUAUAGAAGCAGCUGUGUACAUGGUCCCUCAUCCCUACAGCCAGAUAUACCUCACUGUUCAGCCCUCUUUAAACCAAUAGAACGCUUUUUUUUUUUUUUAGUACCUGCACUCUACCUCCCAGAAUCACUCGCUCGCUCACUCUCACUUUUUUCUCCAUUCUUUAAGUACCCUGGGCUGGCUGCAGCAAGGGAUAUGAUAUGCAGUGGAGGUCAGGAAACUUCCUACCAUGUGGCUCAACAAUGUUCCGCAACAAAUAGCAAGCGGUGAAGCAGCUAGAGCCACCGUGGCCGACACAGGCGCAGCUUCACAGGACUGGACACCCCUGCUUCUGUUCUCUGAAACGGGGGCUUCAGGAAUUCUGCGCUACGUUGGUCCUCUUUAAAAAUGAAACCCUGUAACCCUGUAAAGCCGACUCUGCUUGGCUUUUGGAUAAAAUGGUGAGAGGUACAGUCAGUGGUGAGGUUUUGUUUUUAGUGGUGCUUCAACGAUUAAAUCCAGAAUUACAAUUUGGGUUUAUUUGAUUCCAGGAAAGGUGUAACUUUCUUCUCCUGAACCCAGUUGACAGUGUCCCCUUGAUUCCAGUUUCCUUUCUUUCUCUGCACGUCUUUGUACAUGCAAGUCUGAUUUGUGUAUCUGUUUUUUUUUUUCUUUUUUCUUUAUGCAUUGCUUUGACUCACUGGCAGUCACUUGCAGAAACCGAAGCAAACAUUCCCCGCUAAUGGUAAACAGGCCUGGGGGUAAAAACAAAUAGCUUCAUGAUUUAUUUCCUUAUUUGUUGUCGUUCGCAAACGCAGAGCAGCGGUGUCGUUCAGUACAAGGGAGGGUUUGAGAGUUUAGAACAAGCUGGAAUAUAUUCAACCUACAACUCAACACUGCAGGCCUGUGUAGAGAAGAACGUAACGCCACUCAAAACUGAACACCAAGGAUGCAGAUUUUGACCAAGCUAUCGCAGGGGGACCCCCCCCCCCCUUGGAUUGCAUCAACCACCUGUCUGUGGUUAUCCUAUGGUUACCCCAAUAGGUGGCUGAAGCAAUUCAGCAGGCAAAAGUGCUCCAAUAAAAUCCAGCUGUCAAAUCCCAUAUUGAAAGAGGUACUAUGACAAGCCUGCAGCAGUCCAUGGUUUGUUUGAGCAAGGCAGGAGAUGUACAAAGCUCUGGGCUCUCUGUAUUAUAAGGAUGAAUCUGGAGGACGCUCUGAUCUAAAACACUGGUGAAGAGAGUGGAUUUUUUUUUUUUUUUUUUUUUUAUCAUUUCUCAAAAGGUUUUAAGCUUGAAUGUUUGAUUUCCUGUAUUUUAUGACAAGGGGAAAUACACCUUCCAAUGAGACCAAAUUAGAAGAAACAUCUUAAGAUUGAAGAUUGCUUUAACAUGUAUUUAAACUUCUUAUCUUUUCAUUGUUUUGUUACAUACUUUUAAGAAAGGGGGCAUGUCAUUCUGAGUGUUUCUGUGCCUGACUUCUGCAAAACAGAAACACAAGUCUGAAUGUGUUGUGUUUUUAGAGAGAGAGAGAGAGAGUUAUAUUUCAGUAGAAAGUAGUUUGGGUGAAGUCUUCCUUUGUUUUGUUUUAGUUUUUUUCAAAAUGUUUUUUUUGCUUAGUUACUCAAUUUUUUCUUCAGUUUCUUUUUACGUAGGUUAUAGCAAUAUUCCGAAAGUUUAAAAAAAAAAAAGUUACAAAAAAAAAAAAAAAAAAGGUAUUUUGCUAACUUUGGGGCUUGUUUUUUUCUGUUCCAGAGGUCACCAUGCUCAUGUUUUCUCACAGUGAUUUUAGAAGAUGUAUUGAUCAGACAGUAUCCCUUUUGGAGGCUGCAGAGAACUGGUUCCAGAUCAGAUCGCAGGGUUCCACACUCUUGGGUGUUUUAUGGAACCCUCUUUUUGUUUUUGGAAGAACCCAUGGUUACAGGCGGAACUGGCAAAAGCAAUGAAUUCAAUGAGAAACGUUUCCACUGGAAGUCUUUCUCAGGGUCUUCAGUUAGUUUGUCAUUGGGUUCAUGAAGUUUCUUUUCAUAUUCUAAAUGUAGCUUAGUUGUAAUAGUUAUGGGUGGGACUAAAUUAAGCCAAACAAAGUGUUUUUGUUGCUGUUUUUAAUUGAAGCCGUCAGUGCUUGUGUUCUAUCAAGUUUAUCUUGCUGCGAUUUAUUCGGUUCAGGGACUGUAUUCAUAAAAUUAAGGAAUGUUGUGUUUUUUCUUUAAAAAAAUGUAAUUAACUAAAUCAAAUUUGCAGUUCAUGAAACUUUUUCUCUUACUGUUUGAUAGAGGGUGAGAAAGUAGUGAAGCACUGUUUAUCCCCUUCUGUUUUUAUUUAUUUAUUUCAUUUUUAGAAUUUUUUUAAAACAGUUUGUGUGAACUCUAAGGAGUUUGAAAAGUUGCCUUGCCAAAAUUUUAAAAAAAAAACAACAAAAAAAAAAACAUGCAUUAUAAAAUAGAUUCAGAUAGGAAACUUGACACAGUAUAAUAUUCUACACGCAGUUACUGAAGGGGUUAUUCUAAGAGAGGCAGUGUGGUCCAGUGAUUAAAGAAAAGGGCUUGUAACCAGGAGGUCCCUGGUUCAAAUCCCACCUCAGCCACUGACUCAUUGUGUGACCCUGAGCAAGUCACUUAACCUCCUUGUGCUCCGUCUUUCGGGUGAGACGUAAUUGUAAGUGACUCUGCAGUUGAUGCAUAGUUCACACACCCUAGUCUCUGUAAGUCGCCUUGGAUAAAGGUGUCUGCUAAAUAAACAAAUAAUAAUAGAGAGAGUGUUUUAAAUAACAGUCCUUAAAAAAACUAUUCCUUAUAACAGUCCUUAGAUUUUCAUGAAUAUGGUCCCUCGAAUAGCCGUGUGGCCAGCCAGAGCACAGACUCCUUUAACAUGAUCACAGAACCCUUGUCAUGUUCAGCAAGCAGGACUCCAAGCACUUACACUGAUGGUUUUAAUUAUCAUAUAAACAGUUGCUGAAAUAAAUCUGGAUUCUAGGAAAGGAUUUUGUGAAUCCCUUCGUUUGAUUUUAGUGCUGCACGAUUCUAAAAGACAUCAUUAUAUUUUGUAUGGAAGCGAUUGGGCUUUUUUGACAAGAUGAUCGAUUGAUAGGCGAGGCUGUAACAGGUUUACAUGGGCUUUCUAAACGCCUCCUUAGCAAAAGGAAUACUGUGUGUUUAUUAUUUAACAUUCAUCCAAAUCUUUACUGCCUGUACCAAAAAAAAAAAAAAAAUGUAAAA